UUGAGAACAGGGAUAUCUUAGUACAAACUCAGCGAAUUAACCUUCUUCGAUCUGUAGUGCCAUCCUUCCCAUACUCCUGAAAAGAGACAACUCGGUUCGGAAGCUCGACACACGUCCUUACCCUAUACAGACAGCUUUUAAGUUUUUUCUUCCUUUUUUCUAUGAAUUCAAGAGCUUUAAUAUCUUCAUGGUGCCUAUAAAAACCCUUCUCAUAUUGACAUUCUUAUUGCAUCGACAUUACAACAAAGCACUUCUCCCGCCCCUCUCACACACACACACACACACAUAAGGUAGCAUUUUUUUCUUAAUGUCAAAGCUCAUGGAACCAUUAACUGUAGGGAGAGUGGUGGGAGAGGUGGUUGACAGUUUCACCCCAAGUGUUAGAAUGAAUGUAAUCUACAACUCUAGCAAAAAGGUUGCCAAUGGCCAUGAGCUUAUGCCUUCUGUCAUUAUAUCUAAACCCCGAGCAGAGAUUGGUGGGGACGACAUGAGGAUUGCUUAUACACUAAUUAUGACAGACCCGGAUGCUCCAACCCCUAGCGAUCCAAAUUUAAGAGAACAUCUCCACUGGAUGGUUACAGAUAUUCCUGGCACCACUGAUGCUUCUUUUGGAAAAGAAACUGUGGCCUAUGAGUCUCCGAAGCCAGCAGUUGGCAUCCAUAGGUACGUCUUCUUGUUGUUCAAGCAGAGAGGAAGACAAACAGUGAGGCCUCCAGCCACAAGAGACCAUUUCAACACAAGAAAAUUCUCAGAAGAGAAUGGUUUGGGUCUACCAGUGGCUGCAGUGUACUUCAAUGCACAGAGAGAAACUGCUGCAAGAAGAAGAUGAUUCAAGCAAAGAUAGAAUAAAUCAUAAGAAUAAUAAUGGGACGUCUUCCUCUAUCAGCCAUAUAUAAAGAUUGUUUUCAGUUUCCAUGUUGCGAGUCUUAUCACCAUAGUUUUAGAGUCUGGCACGGGGUAUAUAGUGCUGUCUUGGUUGUUGAACCAACUCAAUUCAUCUUUUUGAUACCAAAAAAACCACACAAUAGGCCGAAAUGAUAGAAAGAGUCCUUUUCGGUCCGCUGUGAAGAUUUAGGUCUCGAUUUGUGUGAUUUGGAACCCUCGAUAAUGGUUUGAUGCGGCUG